AUGGUCGAAGCAGCCUACCUUCAGGCCGUCGCCAGACAGCCUAAAGAUGCCCGACCAGAGAAGCUGUACGAGAUGGUAGGCAAGGGUGCCUACGGUGCCGUCUACAAGGGACGUCAUCUCGCGACAGGUCAUGUCGUGGCACUCAAGAUUAUCAACCUCGACACAGAAGACGACGAUGUUAGCGACAUCCAAAAGGAGGUCUCACUGCUCCAGCAGCUCAUGUCUAGCUUUGCGUCGAACCACGGUGGGACAGUCGCCAUGCCAAACGUCAUCAAGUACUACGGCAGUCUCAUGGAAGGCCCGAAGGUGUGGAUCAUCAUGGAGUACGCGGAGGGUGGAAGCAUCAGAACAUUGCCACCCCGGAUUUUGCUGUGUGACUUCGGUGUCGCCGCUCUGCUGGCAUCGAACACGGCGAAACGUUCAACAUUCGUCGGAACGCCGUACUGGAUGGCCCCGGAGGUCGUGACGCAGGGAAGGCUGUAUGAUGUCAAGGCGGAUAUCUGGUCACUCGGUAUCACGCUCCUGGAGAUGGCGCACGGCGAGCCUCCGAUGUCGGGCCAGCCAGCUGCGCAUGCGGUCAAGAUCCUCAGCGACAAGAAGUUGCGGGCACCGAGACUCGACGGCGGGACGUGGAGCAAGGAGAUGCGCGACUUUGUCGUCGCCUGUCUGAACGAGGAGCCGUCGGACCGUCUGACGGCCGAGGAGCUCAGCAAGAUGAAGUGGAUCAAGGCGCAGAACAAGACACCGCUGACUGCGCUGAAUGAGCUCAUCGUGCGGUUCCAGCAGUGGAAGGAGCAGGGUGGGCAGAGGAUGAGUCUGGCACCUGGUGUUGGUGCCCAAAUCGAUGACGACUCGGGUACUGUUAACGGCGAUGACUGGAGCUUCUCGCCGUUCGCACUCCAAGCUCCGCCAGUACCUGAGACGCCCGGGGAAGAUACAAUAUCGUCGACAGACGACGGCGGCACAGUGCGGCAGUCGCGGAAACCGCGGCACCUGUUCAUUGUGACGAACCCCUCCAACCCCUCUGCGCCCGGAUCGGCGGCGAACACGAUCGGUAGUGGCUCAGAGGAAUCGCAGCAGGCGACCCCACUUGCGCGGCCGCUCGUGCGCCCUCCGCCGUUGCCACCCAAGGAGGGCUCUCUCACCGCCGGACCGAGUGGAUCGAACGUUCCCACCUCCCGCUCGACGCCCGACAUGCCGCACCCGGGCGCACCCGUCCACCGCGCCGGUGGCAGUGACGCUGCGGGACUUCGUGGCUUCCAGUUCCCGCUGAUGACUUCGGCGGCCGCGAAGCCGAACGUGCCGCCACCGCAGUUUCCCCGUUCUAGCAGUGCGCAGGGACAAGCUCCGACAGAAGAAGAGCUCAGCCCUCUGGGACCGCCGCCGACGCCUCCCUUCGCUCGCCCACCGAUGAUGCGUCAAGCUUCGCACUCGAUCCUCGAAGGACGAGGUGCGAGCCAAGCCCAUGCCGCCGCCCAACAACUCGCCAUGACCGCCAGCGACCUGCCGCAGAGUCCUACGAAGGCUCUCGCGGUGCCCCGCCCCGGUGGAGGCGGCAUGGGCAUGAUGCGCUCGCGCUCGAGCUCCCGCGCCGACGAGGGUGUAGGCACUAAGGGCUUGCGCGAUCUGCUCAAGCUCUCGCCGGCCGUGCCAGACAACAGCGACCUUCUUCCCCCGAGUCCGAGCAGCCACACGGCACCGAAGGCGUUCGUGCCGCUGUCUUCUCCGCUCGCUCUGCCGAGCAGCAACGAGCGCGACACUCGCCCCGACCCGCCCUGCGGCGCUCCCCCCGUUAACGCGAGCACGGUCAGUUUACCUGCCACGUUCUCGCAUGCGCCGAUGCCGAUGACGCCUGGUCUGCCCGCACCGCCGACAAACCUGCGCCCGUUAGACCUGACACGCGCGGAAGGGGCCGGCGACGCCCUCUCCGAGCUGGAGAGCACGGUAGACGACCUGCGCGCGUGGCUCGACGUUGUAGAGCGCGGACUCGAUGAUUUGCUGCACGUCGGCGUCGUCGAGGACGACGAGCGCACCCCCCUUGCAAACGAGAGGAACCAUCUCGCGUCCUCUGCCGGCAGCGCUACCAGCACAGUAUCUAGCGCGUCGACCAUUACGAAUGGUGCGGCGGCGGCGGGUACAAGCACUGCACCGGCCGGCCCGUCGCCACUUCGCUUCUAA